CCCUGACGGGUCUCCCCUCACGGCUGCGCCGGGGCUGAGGGCAGCCGGGGCUGGGCCGCUGAGCCCCGGAGCCGCUGCCGCUGCUCCCCGGGCCCCCAGGGGGGGGCUGCGGGUAUGGAAUGAGGGGUUGAUCCGGUUCCCGGCCCUGGUGAAUGUGUCUGCUGUGUGCCCAGGGUGAAGCAUGGAUUCCCUGGAUCAUAUGCUGACGGACCCCCUGGAGCUGGGACCCUGUGGGGAUGGAAGCAGGACCCGCAUCAUGGAGGACUGCAUGCUGGGGACCACCAGGGUCAGCCUGCCUGAGGACCUUCUGGAGGAUCCCGAGAUCUUCUUUGAAGUUGUCAGCUUGUCUACAUGGCAGGAGGUGCUGACAGAUGCCCAGCAAGAGCACUUGAAGAAAUUCCUGCCUCACUUCCCUGAAAACAACCGGGAGCACCAGAACAAGCUCAUCACCGCCUUGUUCAGCGGUGAAAACUUCCGCUUUGGGAACCCCCUCCACAUCGCCCAGAAGCUGUUCCGUGAUGGACACUUCAAUCCCGAAGUGGUGAAGUACCGGCAGCUCUGUUUCAAGUCCCAGUACAAGCGGUACCUGAGCUCUCAGCAGCAGUACUUCUACCGCCUGCUCAAGCAGAUCCUUGCUUCCCGCAAUUACUUGCUGGAAUUGGCCAGGAAAGGAGGCCCUGAGAUGACCAUGAAGAGGAAGCACUUCACACCCACCUAUGACUCGGAAGAACGGGAGAGACGGACACAUCGGCGCUACCUGAAGAUCCUGAGGGAAGUGAAAGAGGAAUGUGGAGAUACCACUGUGUCUUCUGAUGAAGAAGAUCUAAAUGCAUGGCCACCAAGUUCUCCAUCACGUUGCCCAAGUCCACCAGUUCCUCUGAGAGUGAUCCCCACACUGUCAACCUUGGACAUGAAAACAGCAGACAAGAUAGAAAUCGGAGAGAAUGAUGUGAAGAUGAUGCUGAAGAAGCACCAUGAGAAACGAAAACGUCACCCUGACCACCCUGAUCUAGUUACAACAGACGUGACUCUUGAGGACAUCAUGACCCGAGUAAAUGCUGGCAGGAAAGGUUCCUUAGCAGCUUUAUUUGACCUUGCAACCCUCAAGAAAAAGGUGAAGGAAAAGGAUGAUAAGAAGAAAAAAAAGCUGAAGAUUAUUAAAUCCGAGGUGGAAGAUUUGGCUGACUCUCUUAGCAACGCAGAUGGGAUCCCAUCAAUGUCUCGGGAUCAUUCCCCCAUCCCCUUGUCAUCUGUCAAAGAGGAACCUCUCGAAGAUAUGAACCCAUGCCUUGAAAUAAAUGAAAUCUCUUCCAACUUCUUUUCCCUUCUUUUGGAGAUACUGUAUCUGGAAGGACCUGCUACUCUUUCUGUUCUUGAAGAUAAAGUUCUAGACUGGCAAUGUUCUCCUGCCAGUGCACUAAAUAACUGGUUCUCCUUUGCCCCUAACUGGUCUGAACUGGUGCUACCCGCCUUGCAGUACUUGACAGGUGACAGCAGAGAUGUUCCUUCCAGCUUCUCCCCUUAUGUUGAAUUCAAGGAGAAAACUCAGCAGUGGAAAUUGCUUGGUACAUGCCAAGAUCAUGAGAAGGAAUUGGCAGCACUGUUUCAGCUCUGGUUGGAGACCAAAGACCUGACUUUUUUCAGAGAAAAUGAUGACAGCUCAGACGCCAUCAUGCCACUUCCCAGAGUAAGGACCGACUAUGUAGUCCGCCCUAGCACUGGAGAGGAGAAACGUGUGUUUCAGGAGCAGGAGCGUUACCGUUACAGCCAGCCCCACAAAGCUUUCACGUUCCGUAUGCAUGGCUUUGAGUCAGUUGUUGGUCCUGUGAAGGGGGUGUUUGACAAGGAAACCUCCUUAAACAAAGCCCGAGAGCAUUCCCUGCUGCGCUCAAACAGACCAGCGUAUGUCACCAUCUUGUCCCUUGUUCGUGAUGCUGCUGCUCGCCUUCCUAAUGGAGAAGGAACUCGUGCUGAAAUCUGUGAGCUGCUUAAAGAUUCCCAGUUCUUGGCUCCUGAUGUCACAAGUGCUCAAGUUAACACUGUUGUUAGUGGUGCUCUGGAUCGAUUACAUUAUGAGAAAGAUCCCUGUGUGAAGUACGACAUUGGACGCAAGUUGUGGAUCUACCUGCACCGGGACAGGAGUGAGGAAGAGUUUGAGCGGAUCCACCAUGCUCAAGCUGCUGCAGUAAAGGCCAAGAGAGCUCUUCACCAGAAGCCAAAACCUCCAGCUAAAACGAAGUCCAGCAGCAAGGAGAGUGCAGCGAAAGCAGCCCCCAGCAGCACAUCAGAGCCCAGCCAGCUGAGCCUGAGUGACUCCAGCAUGCCACCAACUCCUGUGACUCCUGUGACACCAACUGCACCAGCAUUACCAACAACACCUAUUUCACCCCCUCCAGUGUCUGUGGUUAGCAAGAGCGUGUCUAGUGCUGCAUCAGAGCCAGCAAAACCCAGCCAAAGUGUUCUUAUGGUAUCAUCCCCUACCAUGCCACAGCUGGGGACAUUGCUUUCCACAGCCCAGAGCUCACAGCCACAGGCACCUCCCAGCCGGGUGGUCAGUCACAGCACUUCCUCAGGGCUGCCCCAGGUCCGGGUGGUCACUGCCCAGUCCAGCGUCCCAGCCGUGUCUCAGCAAGCCCCAGUGGUAACCCAGCAGCAGCAGCAGCCGCCUGCAUCAGUGCCUCAAAUCCGUGUUCCAACUACAACCACACAAACCAAAGUACUCCCUCAGGCAGUGAUGACUCUCCCAGUGAAAACUCAAACCAGCCCAGUGCAGGUGCAAAGACCAGGAAGCUCUGUGACAGGACAGACAGGCAUCACUGUGACAGGACUGUCUGCAGCCCCCAGUCCUGUCAAGCCAGCAACCAGCUCUCCAGGCAGUUCUGCUACAAGCACAUCCUCCACUGCUGUCAUCCAGAAUGUGGCUGGCCAGAACAUCAUCAAGCAGGUGGCUAUCACAGGGCAGCUUGGCAUGAAGACCCAGACUGGAAGUAGCAUCCCCCUCACAGCCACCAACUUUCGGAUCCAGGGGAAGGAUGUGUUGCGCCUUCCCCCGUCCUCCAUCACCACAGAUGCCAAGGGCCAGACUGUGCUGCGGAUCACCCCGGACAUGAUGGCCACACUGGCCAAAUCUCAAGUCACUACAGUCAAACUGACUCAGGACCUCUUCACAGCAGCUGCAGGAAGCAGCACCAGCGGGAAGGGCAUCUCUGCAACCUUGCAUGUGACAUCCAAUCCUGUCCAGACUGCUGAGUCUCCAGCCAAGACAAGCACUGCCACUUCUGCUUCUUCCAGCCCAGCUGGAAGCACAGUGGUUAAAGUGACUCCUGACUUAAAGACUGCAGAGUCAACAAGCUCUGCUUUCCGACUGAUGCCUGCGCUGGGCAUGACUGUGGCAGAUCAGAAGAGCAAAGCCAUCACUACAGUGGCAUCCACUGAGGCCAAGCCGGCUGCUACCAUAAGAAUCUUGCAGGGGCUGGGGGUGAUGCCUCAAAAAGCUGGGCAGACUAUUACUGUAGCUACUCACACUAAACAAGCACCCUCCUCCUCAGCAGUGAGUGUGCCUGGCACAGUCCAUACCUCAGCUGUCUCCUUACCAACCGUGAGUGCCACAGUGUCCAAAGCAGUUGCUGUGGCCUCAGGAGCUGCUGGGACUCCCAUAACCAUAGGCACAGGAGCCACUGCUGUGCGGCAGGUACCCGUCAGCACCACAGUAGUAUCUACAUCCCAGGCAGGGAAGCUACCAGCACGAAUAACAGUGCCUCUGUCAGUGAUCAGCCAGCCAGUGAAAGGCAAGAGCGUGGUGACUGCUCCCAUCAUCAAGGGCAACCUGGGGGCCAACAUCAGUGGCUUAGGAAGAAAUAUCAUUCUGACUACGAUGCCAGCAGGGACAAAACUGAUUGCUGGGAACAAGCCUGUGAGUUUCCUGACUGCACAGCAGCUCCAGCAACUCCAGCAGCAAGGCCAGGCCACGCAGGUGCGAAUACAAACAGUUCCAGCCUCCCACCUCCAGCAGGGAACAGUGUCUGGCUCCACUAAAGCAGUUUCCACUGUGGUUGUGACAACAGCUCCAUCUCCAAAACAGAGCCAAGACCAGCUAUGAACACUGGUUAGAAAACAGAUCGCUGUCCAAGAGCUUCCCUGAGACCACUGUCACCCUCCAUCCCACCACCCAAGACAGCUUAACCACAGCCAUGGCGAGGGAUGGGACUGGAUUCUGUCACGUUGCCUGUCUGGAGUCAGCACUGUGAUGUCUAGGUAGCAAUACACAGCAAGAGAUGCUGCACCUACAGAACAAAAUGUGUCAGUGUGGAUACAUAAAGCCAAGUUUGGUGGCAUUGAUGGUUUAAGGAACAUCUUCCUUUCCUUUGGUCUCUUCCCAUCCAAGGGGCUUUUCGUGAAUAGCAUUUCUGUGCAUUCUGGGCUGUAGACAAAGCACUUGAGCUUGGGCCUUCCUUAACCAGGAAAUGUGUUUGGAAGGAGUCAGUCAGUGGCUUUUCAGACUUCUGAAGAAGAUGCUCCUUUUGCUGGAGUCAAUAUAGGUGAGUCAGGCUGAUGGCUCAGGCACCAGUUUGGAACAUGGCCUGGAAGUAGACCCCUAAUGCAUUCAGCAUCCUAUUUAUAGACUUUUAAAGUAGCUAUCCCCAAUCCCUGAGCUCAGCCUCCUUUUGAACAGAUCCUGCUUCCAUGUCAAAGGCAGGAUGAGAGUCAAGACGGUUUAUUCCUGUAACAGCGAGUAACCAUGGCGAAGAGUGAGGAGUGGAAGAGAUGGAGGAAGGCAUGGGAUGAGCAAGUCUGGCAGCAAAUGUUCACCAGAAGGAUCCUCCUUUACUUUUCCUCAACAAAUAAACCCUUUUUCAGUCAAAAAAGACUGCAGCUGGUUAUAAAAGUAUGGCCUAUGCUUUCAGCUAUACCCCGAGUGUAGUAACUUGGACUUGGCAGGAAUAUUUUAACCCAUGAUCCUGGCCUUGAGGUUUUGUUUUUACCUUUGCAGUUUCCUCUCUAAGUAAAUUUGAGUUUUGCACAUUUUGGCUGUUCUGACGCGUCCUGGAAGCUUCCUUGGAGUGAGAUCAGAAGACGUGUUGGACCAGGAGAAGAACAAAAGUGCAGAAAGCCUCACAGAUCUCUCUGCCACCUCCUUUUGGUUUUGUACAGCUUGUUUCUGUGUACAACGACUGGCUUGCCAAGGGCUAAUAAAUUGUCCAUCUUCUCUGUAAGAUGGUUUUUAACCUGG